AUGAAAAUCAGUAACUUGUCUAGACCACAAAUUUUAACAAUAUUGAUCACUACAAUCAUAGUUCUCGGGUUAAUUAUUGGUAUAAGUGUUAUAAUAGCUGUGAACGGAGAUAUAAAAUCAUCCCAAGACAAGUCAAAACAAAAAUCAACACCAACUCCAAAACCAACCCCAAAACCAACCCCAACUCCAAAACCAACUCCAAAGCCAACACACUCCUCAACUUCAACUCCAACUCCAAAGCCAAAAUCAGAUAUCGAAGCUACUCAGCUAUUUGUCAAUUUCAUGCCAAUGGAUGACAGAUUUAACAAUCAAUUUCAAACUAUAAUAUUCCGUGUUCAACAAAAUGCUACUACAAACAAUAUGAAAUUGGUACAAGACAACAAUGGUGUUUGUUUGAUGAAAGUGGUAAAUUCAGUUAGAGUUGGCACCGAUAUCAGCGCUACUCUUUCUGAAGCACGUCAUAUCACCGAUAGACGUAUCAUCAUAGUAAUAUUCAAACACAUGUUUUCUGAUGAAGCUAAAAAGACUGAUGGUGUCUACUUGGAUCAAAUUGAACCAAAUGUAAUAUGUUUCAUACAUAUUUUAAUGGAUUUUGGAACUGAAAAAAUACACGACUGCAAUUACAACAAUAGAAGCAUUAAUGAAAUAUAUCAGGCAAUUGUAACGUAUAAUAAACAGAUGAAAUGA